AUGGCUUCGAGGUGGGCCCUGCGCUGGCUGGCGCUCGUGUCGGUCUUCGUCGCCGUGCAGCUGCGCAUGCUGCUGUCGCAGCGCGCGCCCGGCGCCCGCGCGGCGCCGCGCGUCGGCGCGCCGGCGCGCAACGGCACGGCGCGGCGCUGCGCCGUCGCGGCCGUGGCGCCGUCGCGGCGGCCCCUGGAGCGCGAGCUGCACGCGGCCUGGGUCGAGGCCGCGGCGCGGGCCCUCGAGGCCUUCGCCUUCGACGAGCCGCCCCUUCCCGUCGUCUUCCACGACUCCGCGUUCUCGGCCGACGAGCGGCGCGCGCUGGGGUGCCGCGCCGCGCUUCGCGUCGACGCGGACCUGCUCUUCCUCCCGGGCGCGGCGCCGGACCCCUUCCGCCGCCUCGGCGCCGGGGGCUACGUCGCGGACGCGGGCGGCGACGCGCCGGCGCCGGAGCCGCGGGGCGCCGCGCGCGUCCGCGGCGCGGCCGCGGCGCGCCUCGGCGGCGCGCGCGCGGCGGCCGCGCGCGCGGCGUCUCCCGUCUACGCCGCGUUCGCGAGCGCCGUCGACUUCUGGGUCCGGCCCGACGUGGCCGCCUUCCUCGCGGCGCUGGCGGAGGACGCGGGCGACGUGGCCGGCUGGCGGCUGCUCGAGGGCGUCGCGCUCGCGGCGUUCGGCGGCGCCGUCGGCGGCGGCCUCGGCGGCGCGCCGCGCGUGUCCUUCGCCGCGCCGCCGCGCCUCCUCGGCGUCGGCGGCGCGCCGGCGGCCCUCGGCGGCGCGGCCGCGCGCGGCGCGCUCGACCGCUGGCCCGACGACGCCGGCCGGCGGCGCCGCGCGGGCGCCGCGCACGCGGCCGCGUGGGCGCGCGACCUCCGCGACCUCGGCGCGGACCCGGACGCGCUCGCGGCGAAGCGGUCGCGGCCGCCGGGCCUCGCCUCGAGCGACGCGCUCCUCGCGCUCGCGGAGGCCGUCGGCGUCGCGUGCGGCGGCUCGGCCGCGGUCCGGAGCCACGCGGUCCUCGUGCCGCGGGCCUGCUGCUGCCCGCUCGCGACGCGGCGGCGCGACGCCUUCGACCGCGACCUCCUGAAGCGGGCCUACCGCCUCGGCGCGCUCGCCGGCGACCCGAACCCGGACGCGCGCGACGUCGCGAGGAACAAGCUCCCGGCCUACCUCCACUACUGGUACGGGCUCUAG